GAAAUUCAUUGCUAGACUUCCAGAUAAGGGUAAGAAGAUCUCCGACUUUGCUGAAAAGCUUACACUUGCCAUUUUACAAGAGGAAGAAUUAGCAAGGACAGCUGAGCUGCUCUCUGCUGUCAGGUUGGAGUUUCAGGUAAAACAGGAGGAGAUUAACACAAGCAAACAGCAAGUCAUCCGAAAUGAGGACACACUAAAUGGUGAAGAUUCCUCAGUCUCUAAUAAAAUCUCUAAUAAAGAAGUUUCUGAGGUUUCUUCCCAAAGGCAAACGGCAGACUCUGUUGAGAAAGAUGCCACAAAUACAGCUCUGGAAAAUGAAAGGACUCAGAGGAAAAAUGAUGGAGUGAAGACUGUUAGAGAAGAUCAGAGUCUUUCUUGUGAAGUCAUCUCCAAGUCAGCCACAAGCAGUCAUCUGAAAAAUGAUCAACAAGUAUCUGAGAGAAAUACUGAGGAUCGUACAGACAGUACAGGUGCUCUGGACAACAGUAAAGAUGCACUGGUCAAUGCCUUUCAAAAAGUUACAAUUGGAGGUGGGGAUGAUAGUGAAGAGGUAUUGGAAAAAGCGCAGAAUGCAGCUAAACCUAAGGGCAAUAUCUUUGGAAGCCUGCACCCCAAGACACCACAUUAUAUUGAAGUUCUAGAGUCUAGAGCCAAGAACCCAGUCAUUAAAAAAAGCAAAUUUAAAACAAAUGUAUUAUCAGGAGAGCAAAGUGGAUCAUCACAUGGUUCCUCAUCCAGUCAAUCACCUGGGGGACGUGGCUCUCCAAUUACUACUGAAGAAAGAAAACUAAGAGAUAAGAAACAUCUGAAUGACAUCACAGCAGCUCGGCUGCCACCGCUUCACCAUUCCCCAGCUAAGCUGUUAUCCAUAGAGGAAUCCAUAGCCAUUCAGAUACAGCAAAAAGAAGCUUAUGAGGAAAAACAAGCCAAGCUUGCUGCACAGAAGCUUGCAGAGAGAUUGAAUAUAAAAAUGCUCAAGUUUGAACCAGAGGGGGAGGCCUCAAUGCAAUACAGAGAAGUGAGAGAUGAAGAUUAUUUCUCAGCAGAGGACUGAAUUCAGGAAGCAAUGUCUGAAGAUGAGCCACGUAACUGAUCUUUAUGCAGUACUACCUAAAACCCAAACCUGGAUAUUGAGAAUGCUUGAUCUAGUAAUUUUUUUUUCUGAAAAUUUUAACAUUACAGCUGUGUGAAGGGCUCAAUAUAA